AUGAACGCGGCCGGCUUCCCUUGCCUGCGAGGCAUGUGCACGCUGCCGGCAUCCAGCCCCACGGCCAGCCCCGGCUCCCCCGGGCCGCCCCGGGGGUCCCCGCCCGCCGGGCAGGUGAAGCCGGAGCCGCGGGGCUUGGGGGGCAGCCCUGCCCCAGCGCCCCCCGAGGAGCCGCCGCCCCACACCGGGGGCCGCCGGAGGAAGCGGCCGGUGCAGCGGGGCAAACCCCCCUACUCCUACAUCGCCCUCAUCGCCAUGGCCAUCGCCAACGCCGCCGAGAGGAAGCUCACCUUGGGGGGCAUCUACAAGUUCAUCACCGAGCGCUUCCCCUUCUACCGGGAGAACCCCAAGAAGUGGCAGAACAGCAUCCGACACAACCUCACCCUCAACGACUGCUUCGUCAAGAUCCCCCGGGAGCCCGGCCACCCUGGCAAGGGCAACUACUGGACGCUGGACCCAGCUGCCGAGGACAUGUUCGACAACGGGAGCUUCUUGCGCCGAAGGAAGCGCUUCAAGCGCACCGACAUCACCACCUACCCUGGCUACAUGCAAAACUCCAGCGCCUUCACGCCUCCGCCCGCCGGACGCCCCACGGCACAAGCGGCACCCUACCCCAACAGCCUGUGCUCUCCUGGCUACGGCACCCAGCUCCCCAGCACCGUCUUCCACCCCUACGCGGCUGGGGCAGCACCGCCGGCACAGCAUCCCAGGAUGUUCAGCAUCGACAGCCUCAUCAGCGGGCAGCAGGCCCUGCAGCCCUCGCCGCCUGCCGAGCUGGGCCACCCAUCGCUGGGCUUGCCCGGGGCUGAGCUGGCUCCCACCUGCUCUGCCGGCAGCUCCGAGCCUCCCUGCUUCCAGGCACAGCCCGUCAGCCCUGGCUUGCUGGGCCGGGCUGGCCCCAAUACCCUGGCUUACCCCUACGCGGCCUCGCCUCCACACCUGCCCGUGGCUCAGGGCAGCUACUCGCCUGGCAGCCCUCAGCUCUAUGGGGCUCCCAACAGACUGGCCCUACCGCCCAUGCGGCCCCCCGCCUGCGCCGAGCAUGGCGAGCAGCUCCUGGGGCUCUCUGCAUCGCCUCUUGGCCAGUUCGGCUCCAGCAACGCCUACAUGAGGCAGCCCAAUUUCCCCGCUGGCUUGGAGCGGUACAUGUGAUGGAG